AAUUGGUAUUAUUUGCUUCGUUGGCAUGUUUACUAUAAGAGCUAGAAGAUAGUAUUUUGGAUAUUGUGCUCAAAUUGAAGUGGCAGUUAAACGUUAGUGUAUUUAUAAUUUCUGAAACAGUCUAUACUUUCGCUUGUGGGUAACAGACCAGCGCACUGUGGUCCAGUGUGCACAAGGAAAGAUGACUUCAGUUUCUCCAAAUUACUUGUUGGGCGAAUAUGGUUUUCUACAAAGUUGUUUUCAAUAAAGGCCUGGAUGGAACACAUAGCGUCCGUUUCGUCGAGACUUACGUUUUUACAGUUUUCCCAUGUUUCGAUACGGUAGGUAAAUGGCAAAAAGCAUGCUUCAAUAGUCCAUUUUACGAGCCGAUUUUAUGAAUGAAAUUUUAACAGGAGCACGUCGUCCCGUGAAAAUCAAUAUGAUCAUCAACAUUGUUAUCACUUCGUAAAAUGGCUUAUAAUUCAUUCCCUCGCUAGCGUGAAACCCAGAGUAUCGCCACAGACAACCAGACGUAUAACUUGGAACAAAUUGCGAUCAAAAUCAUCGUCAUGAAAACACAAUUGCCCAAUGUUAAUUCGACUGUGUCUUGCGAACCGCCAAAUAGGUGGCGAUAGUAGGAAAACGUCAAACCGGAGCAAAACUAUGAGAGCGCUGUGAGCGAGCGAUUUGCGAACUAAAUAUUAUUUGAAUUACCCGCUAAAAAGAGGAAUGAUGGGAAGCAACUAGAGCAAUACAUCUGUUUGUCUGUGGUAUUGCAGUGGAUUCAAUAGUCCAUUUUACGAGCCGAUUCUAUGAAUGAAAUUUUGAAAGGAGGUAGCGUGUAGCGUCCUAACCCGUGAAAAUCAAUAUCAUCAUCAAAAUUGUUGUCACUUCGUAAAAUGGCUCAUAGGAGCGAGUGGUGCAACAUGACCACAUGGGGCAAGAUGACUACUAGACUGGCCCAAACACAAAAAUCUCGAAAAAUUCCACGGGACACCCUCUAGAAUCGUUCCUUUGGAUGAGAAGAACAAUCUAUGAAAAAUUCCCAAUCGGUUGAAAACUGAGCUGGCGCAAAUGAGUUGAAGAUUUGUAUGGGAUGUGCAGUCCAAAUAUAUGGGAAAUUGGAUUACCUCCAGUCUCUCAUACAGCUCGUCAGUUUGGCUCUCAUACAGGCUCGCCGUGUUUGAUUUGGCUCAGAAUUGAAAGAAUAGUAGUUGAUACCCUAAUUAACAACUUUGUAGAAGACCAUAUCAUGCUAAAACCUAAUAUAGUGUGGUUUUGGCGAACGAAAGCAGGAUGAGGACGUCUUCCUCCGUUUACUCUCGGUUGUUAUUUGCAUCACGUGUUGGUCGGCAGAGAUGGUAUGCACCUCAGAGCGCUAAGUGAGAAGAUAAAACAAUACACAUUACACACAGCCUGCAUGAUGAGAAAGAGUGCGUGUAAAGAAUUAUCUUCUGCGUGGUCCGACUGCACGCGCUCGGCAUCGUUGUCGCAUCGCGCACGACGUUGAGCGCAGGAAAACAAGAGAAAGUUCAGUCCAACACACAGCUCACAUUGCAGCGCUGCGUGCGCUACUCUGUACUGCUGAGAGCCUACAACUUGCAGCUCAGACAGCGCAGCGCAGAUGUGUAGCACAUUCCUAGAAAUGAGCGAAGCUCACGCAGAAGAAGUUUGAGCUCUGCGACGUCUCGCGCAGCUCGUGUGGCAAAUUAUUUACACAUUCGCACACUCACGCACAAGUUUUACGGCUGAGCGAUGUGUGUUUGUUGCCGGUCCACAUUUGUAGCAAAACCAGGGGCGUACAAUUUCGUUUCAAUGAUACACUUUCAUGCAACAUUUGAAUGAGUUAUUUCAAGUGUUUCAUACAUUUUUCUAAUGACUCGGUCGUUAAAAAAAACUUUUCCACUCAUCGUAGCACUCGGUAGUCUCCCACCCGGUCGCAUUGCUUGUGCUUCACCCGUCAGAGCAUUAGUGUAUCACUGGUGCGCGCUAGUCUCUCAAUGGUUACGGGCGCCGGUUAAUUGGAUUUAAGUGGUCGAAUUUGUUAUCCUCUUUCAUAAAACAUAAUUAUGAUUCUAUUGGCGUGCACCACUAUUUAAAAAUGUGGUUUAAAUAGUGUUUUUAGUAUGUUGAAGUAUUUCAAUGACUCAUAAAUGAAACGAAAAUCCAAGUGUAUCAUCCCUUGUUUCAUACACACUUGUUUCUGUAGCAGCAACGAACGAGUGUGUUGCUGGGUGAGAGAUGAAGCAUCACAGCAGUCCGUUCGCAUGGGAAACGAUUUGCUACAGUCGUCGUACGUCAUGUUUUCCUUUCGAAAUUGCACGACCCUGAGCAAAACAGAGCGGCGCCAAGAGCGGCGCACAUUUUAUUGAAGAUGUGUACGCAGAGCUGUUUAUCAGUGCAUAGAUACCAUCUCUGUGGUCGGCCGUAGCUUGCGCGCUACAUCAUAGGAAGCUAUACAAUUCUUCAUUGUCUCCAUACUCACCCACGUGCGUGAGCAAUGGAAAUGAAGCACAACAUAGCCGCCUAUGAUGUAGUACCCAAGCUACACGUGCUGCAUGUAACAAACUAAAGUAAACGGGGGAAAAUAUUCUCAUACUGCUUUCUUUGGCUAAAACCGCAAUCGUUUUAUCAUGAUAUGGUCUUCUACAAAGUUGUUCAUUAGGGUAUCAACUUCUAUUCUUUCAAUUCUGAGCCAAAUCGAACUCGCCAAACCGGCGUGUUCUAUGAGAGACUGGAGGUUAUCCAAUUUCCCAUAUAUUAGGACUGAACAUCCCAUACAAACCUUCAACUCAUUUGCGCCAGCUCAGUUUUCAACCGAUUAAGCUGAACCUUUUACAGAUUGUUCUUCUCAUCCAAAGACACGAUACUAGAGGGUGCCCUGUGAAUUUUGAAAUUUUUUUUUCGCGUCAUACAAAUGUGGGCCGGUCUAAUGACUAUACCUCAGGUUCGGAACAAGGAACAACGCCCCUAAAAAACUCUUGUUGAAGUUGUUGCCACCCGUUAUGCACGUUACAAAAGGUGGUUAAGCUUUUGAUGUUUUGUCAAUUUAACGUAACGCUCCGUUUGACAUUUGAGAAGCAUAAACAAAGUUUCCACCAUCAGCUAGCUUGAACAUUUGUCACCCACCCGGUUUAUUCAAUAUUUUCGAAUAUUUCCUAAAAUUUAGCCAUGUUUGAGCGAUACUUGGCCGCUUUGGAGUACCCCGCCCAAGGGGGCAUCAAUAUUGAUGACCCCAAGGAAUUUCGCAACAUUAUCCUCUGGCUGGAGGACCAGAAGAUACGCCACUACACAAUCGAGGAUCGGGCCAAUCUGCGUAAGGUAAACAACGCUGCCGAGUGGGAUCCCGCCUAUGAGCAAUUCAAGCGGGAUUUGAAAUUUCCCACCGAUCUGAAGUCGAAAUCCGAAGAGCUAACAUGGCUGUUCCUGUACGCCAUCAAGCUGGAGUACUCCGAUAACGCCGAUCGGUAUCGUGGGGUGACCGCUGCACGGAAGCUGGAGGAUGAGAAGAGGGCUACGGCCGCACCCGAGAUAAAGUCAACCAAUCCGUUCGACAAUCUUGACUUCCACAGCUCCGAGUUUGAGGAGGGAUCCCGGAAGCUGGCGGAAAAGCUUGGCAUUGCCUACCAUCCGGAUCACCUGGUGUCGUUGAGGGCGGCUGGUCGCGUCAUUUCCACCAUGUUCAACAAAGAGACCCUCAAGGAGCCAAUCAUCACCGGAAAGCCGUUCCCCAUCGAUGCGGGAAUUGGAAUGGGAUUCAACAAGGAACCGGAUCUAGAGCGGGCGGCACGAAUCCUGCGGCUGUUGCAGAUUCAAAGUCUGCGAAAGCUGCAGACCGCCAUCAAUGAGACGAUUGUGUCCGUUCAGAACAUCACAGCUGAUCCGAGGACCGACACCACCCUGGGAAAGGUGGGGAUGAAAUAAAAUCCGGGAAUGUUUCGGAUUGAAGGAAGCGAUCGCUGUCUCUUGUGGAUUGAAUUCCAAUUAAUUUAACUUAAAUUUAUAUAUUUUUUCCAUUUCAAGUGAAUAAAACAUUAGAAUAACAUCCAA